ACGCGCGCACAAUCACACCCCGGGCGCGCACAGCCAGACACGCCACGCGCCGGCCCUUGGCGCGCCCCAGCCCUGCCCGCCGCGCACGCAGCCGGCCCCGCGCCCCGCGCCCCGCACCGCCCGGCCCGGCCCAGCCCAGCCCGGUCCAGCCCGGAGCAGCUCAUGGAGAAAGUGCCCGGAGAGAUGGAGGAGCUGUCCGAGGCGGAGAGGAAGGCGGUGCAAGCGACGUGGGCCCGGCUCUAUGCCAACCGCGAGGACGUGGGGGUGGCCAUCCUGGUGAGGUUCUUUGUGAACUUCCCGUCGGCCAAGCAGUACUUCAGCCAGUUCGAGCACAUGGAGGCACCCCUCGAGAUGGAGCGCAGCCCCCAGCUGCGGAAGCACGCGUGCCGGGUCAUGGGCGCCCUCAACACGGUGGUAGAGAAUUUGCACGACCCCGAGAAGGUCUCGGCCGUGCUGGCGCUGGUGGGCAAGGCACAUGCGCUCAAGCACAAGGUGGAGCCCGUGUACUUCAAGAUCCUCUCUGGGGUCAUUCUGGACGUGAUCGCCGAGGAGUUUGCCAACGACUUCCCGGCCGAGACGCAGCGCGCGUGGGCCAAGCUGCGUGGUCUCAUAUGCAGCCAUGUGACGGCCGCCUACAAGGAAGUGGGCUGGGUGCAGCAGGUCCCCGGCGUGGCCACCCCCCCUGCCACGCUGCCUGCCUCGGGCCCGUAGGACGCCCCUCUCCUCCCCACCCUGCAGCACCACGAGCAGCAGGUCACUGUUUCUGGGUGCCGAGGACAGUGGAGGAGCCCGACUCGCUGUGGCCGCAGCCCCCCGGAAGCCGCCGGGAGGUGGCAGUGGAGCCUGGAUGGUCACCCGGCCUGGGUGGCCUGUGGGGCGGGGAACCCCCUUCUUAGCUUUUCUACACACCGUUAGAGACUUAGCUGAGUGGCCGGCAGAACGGGGCGGGUCUGGGGGCCCCCUAGAGUGACAGCCCUGUCCCCCACUGCCUGGCCCGCAUGCCCCUCCGAACCCUCAGCCAGCUAGUCUAGAUCCAAGCUAUAUCGUCUAUACGUGCAUAAUCCUCAGCACCCGCCAGUCCCCCCACACCCUUACAAGGGCGCUGCUCCCACAUCUGAGCAGGGAACAGGCCGUGUCUGGGGGCCCCACAUGAGCACUGAGAAGAUCAGGGCAUCUGGGCAGGGCUGGGUCCCCCAGCUUAGCAGCCCAGCCCGACCCUUUCUCGGACCAACUCCUCACUUCCUGUCUUCCCAAACCCAAAGGACCUGACUUCUAGCUCAGAGAGUUCCUGCCAGGGCCCCAAGUGGGCCAGGACAGAUGGGGGAGGGGGUGAAUUUCAGACAAGGGGGCCAGGAUGGAGAGGGAGGGGCAAGAUGGAUAGAGAGAGAAAGUCAUAUGAGGGCCAGGAUGGACAGAGAGACCAGACAGCCAAGAGGGACAGAGAGGCCAGGACCAGAGCCAGAAUGGACAGGGAGGGGCAGGAUGGAACAAGAGAGGUCAGACAAGGGCCAGGAUGGACAGAGAGAUCAGACAGCCAGGACUGACAGACAGAGGACAGGACAUGACAGAUGGGGGGCCAGGGCAUGCACUUCUGGGCGGAUGCUACAGGAGGGGACAAAGUCUGGCCUCCCAUCCCAGCUGCCUUGGCCCAGAGACACCCCUGGAUGCAUAGAUGAGGUCCAGGCUGCAGUGAAAGGGGGAAUCCCUCCUGUUCCUGGAUUUUGUGGGGUGCAGGGAAGACAUACUGGCCAG